CCGGUACCUGCGAACAUGCUGCUUCCUCGGGUGCUCACCUCGUUAGUGAAAUGUCAUUCCCGCAGUGUCACCUGUUUGAAAGGAGUCUGUGCAGGGGUGUACGUCCCGCAUGUUCUCCGGUGCCAGCUGCUGCCCCUCACAAAAGACGCGCUCCAUGCUGUAAAGCCGCGGUGCCUGUCCAGCACAUCGCACUGCAGUGCCAAGAGACCUGGGGGUUGGCAUGGAGGCGAGAACGGAGGCUGGACCUCCACGGACGAGGACAUGGACGAUGAUGAGGAUUAUGAUGAAGACGUCGAAGAUCUCCUGGUCUCCUAUGCCACGCCCCUUCAAAACAACCAAAAGAUCUUUAUAGUGCACCCAGAUAUAAAGUGGGGCGCUAAGAAGCAGCACAGCACCACUGCUGAUUUGCAGGUGGCUGAGGCGGAGGCUCUGGUGCAGAGUAUUCCUAACUGGACGGUUGUGGAUAAGUUAAUCAUGUCUACAAAAACACCCGAUAGUAAACUUAUUUUUGGCAAAGGGAAUUUUCAGCUCCUUACAGAAACAAUUAAAGGACUUCCGCAGCUUACAGCAGUUUUCUUGAAUGUUGAAAGGCUCUCUUCCCUAAGUGAGAAAGAGCUGGAAGCAGCCUGGGGAGUGAAGGUUUUUGACAGAUAUAGUGUGGUCCUAAGUAUUUUCCGGUACAAUGCACGCACAAAAGAAGCAAAGUUACAGAUUGCACUAGCUGAACUUCCACUGCUAAGGUCUAGACUUAAAAAUGAAAUGGCUCACUUGGACCAGCAAGGUGGUGGCUCUCGCUAUAUCAUGGGAUCAGGUGAAACCUUCAUGGAGAUCCAACAGAGGCUUUUAAAAGAAAGAGAACUAAAGAUUAAAAAAGCUUUAGAGAAAUUGAGGAAAAAAAGAAAAUUGCUGAGGAACCAGCGUACCCGCCGAGAGUUUCCAGUUAUCUCUGUAAUGGGUUACACUAACUCUGGCAAAACAACAUUAAUAAAAGCACUUACAGGAGAUCUAAAUUUGCAGCCACGUGACCAGCUCUUUGCCACACUUGAUGUCACAGCUCAUGGUGGACUACUUCCUUGUCGUAUGCCAGUGAUUUACGUGGACACGAUUGGAUUUCUGUCUCAACUUCCUCAUAAUUUAAUAGAGUCUUUCUCAGCCACUCUGGAGGAUGUUGUCCAUUCAGAUUUAUUAAUUCAUGUAAGAGAUAUCAGCCAUCCGGAAACUGAGAAUCAGAAGAAAAGUGUGCUUGCCGUUCUUCAAAAUCUGGAUGUUCCACCGAAGCUCCUAGAAAACAUGAUAGAGGUGCAUAACAAAAUUGAUUUAGUUGAAAGAUAUGACUUUAAUGACACAUCUAUACAUGUGUCUGCUCUUCUUUGUUAUGGAUUGGAGAAGCUGAAGCAAUGCAUAGAAAGCACACUCAUGACAAAUACAGGGAGAAAUAUAAUUACCAUUAGAGUAAACUUGGAAAGUCCUCAAUUAAGCUGGCUGUACAAGGAAGCGUCAGUGCAAGAAGUGAAGGUUUUACCAGAAGAAGGUGCAGCUGAUGUGUUGGUCAUUAUAACCAGUGCUGUAUAUGGAAAAUACAAAAAACUGUUUUGUAAAUGAGCUUUGAGUAAUUCUAUAUUAUAUUAAAAGAACAAUGUGGCUAAUACUGCUGUUUAUUUGAAGGCUGCAGCCAGUGCAAUAUGAUCAUUCAUAAAUAUGUGUGGGAAGCUGCUCAGUAGUUCUUGAAAGAAAGUCUACAAUACUCCUCCUUUGCUACUAUAACUUAAAUAAAAUAUUUUUGUAAUAAUGAAAGCUAUCAGUUUCGUUUGUUAAUUUAGAGGCUUGUUUUAAAUGUUGAUUAUUUUUGUAUGUGGUGUUUACACUGGGUAAAAUCUGUAUGUAAAGCCCCAACGUGUGCAAAUUUAUGUCACACACAGUUCUAUAUGCAACUAGGGCUAUCACGAUAAAUAAACUUUUACUAUGGGGGUACAUAGUCUGUUCUAAGGUGCCUCUGCAUUAUUACACC